UCGCGAUCAGUCGCGAUUCGAACCGGACCGAGGAUCGACGCGUCGUUGCAUCGCUGUUCGUGAGUCGUCGAUCCCAAGAUUAUUCGCGUGACCCGCGACCGAGUGUAGCUUGAAGACUUGCUGCUGUGGCGUUUGAUUAGCUUGUUAUCUGUUGUUAUAUUGCAGUGUCUAAUUAUUCAUCGCUAUCGCCACAUCCGCGGGAUGUCAUUAUCUUGGUGGUGAGAGAGCGAGCGAUAGGGGUGGUGUUUCUUUUGUUCACCUCAAUCAACGUGAGCUUUGGCCGGAGAUCGAUCCACGAAAGCAAACAUCAAACUCCGGACUGAGCAGUGGAGAUGGACAUCACACUUAUCCGGUGAUAACACACCAGCGAUACUGCUUUCGAGGUAUUAGCGUCGACGACACCAUGGUGGUGGCGGUGGACGACAGUGGACGGUUCUAUCUGCGGCCUGGCAUCGGUGAUGUCUGGAAGUUGUGCGGUCGUUUGGUGAUAGCAGUGCCAGUCGUUAGCGUACCCACCGCCAUCAAGGUUUAGUGCUCGAUUGGGUACCGAUCGAAGUGAAACCGAUUGGGCAGAACGGGAGACGUGAUUUCUCGCCGGUGAUCCAUCGCAGAAGAUCCCGCGUGUGAGAGGUGUGUCAUUCUUAAAAGUGUUCUCUACCCGCAGUUUAGCCUCAGUGCUCACGGAUCACUUUCGUCUUCGUGUUCAUCGUAGUAACAUCGUGUCACCUACCUACCAGUGUCAGAUGCCUAACGAAACGUGACAUACAUUUCCAAUAGGGGUGAAACGACAAACAGAGAAAAAAAAUACUGUCACCGUGGUCGUACGCCAGUGUCACCGCUAUUUUACUACGAGCAGCGGAAGGUAGUGCUUUGGUGAUUUAUUUUUGUGUCCCGCGUGUGUGUGUUCCCGGCUGAAAAUCCCCGCCUGGACGACGAGGGCCUUACGAUGGCGAUACGUGUGACCAAGAAGUGUUUCCUACUGUCCACGCUCGGUGUACUGAUCCUGGCGGCGGCACUGACCGUGACCCUGGUGCUGGUGCUGCGGGACGAUGAAGAGAUCAGUGAAACCUAUCGCUUUGCGGCCAGCUCGAUCGAGCUGCGGCUCGAGGAGCAACCGGAUCACCGGUACGUCCUGAACAUCUAUCGAGGUGACGAUCGUGUGCAAAGGAUCACCUUCGAUCAUGACUUCACGGACGACUCCGACGUCGAAACGUUCCCGAAAGGUAUGCGCCUGUAUGGCAAUGGGCACAACAUCGAAAUUCGCGAGCUAGAGGACAGUGCCGGCUUCGCGUACUUAAGCAUAACGCGCACCCUGCGCAAGGGUCAGAUUGGUAGCGAUGUGGUGCAUCUGCAUGACACGCUCGGUUCGGACCAAACCCCACCACACUGGUACGGUGGUCCGGAACUGAUGGAACAGUAUUACCCGAUCGAGAAGCUACGCUUCGACGACUAUCCCUACAUCACCAAAGAGCUGCACAGUGCGGCCAUCAUCGAACGCUACUGGUUCAACACGGCCGGUGUGUUUUUCUACAUCGACAAGGAGGUGCCACUGUUUAUCGAUCAGGACGAUCAGGUGUUGAGGUUUACCGCCAAGAAGGAGCUACCGUACUACACGUACGACGAGGAGUUUGUCUUUAGCUAUCGCGUCGGUGUAGCGGCCGAUGCGCGCGAAGCGCACCAGAAGGCGGUCGAGCGUGUGCUGAACCAACCGGUAGACAUUCCCGACGAGCGCAUGGUGCGCCAACCGAUCUGGUCGACCUGGGUGCGGUAUCGGCGCCCGAUCAGCCAGCAGACGGUGCUGGACUUUGCGCGCGAAAUCAAUGCGUACGGGUUCAAGAACGCGCAGCUGGACAUUGACGAUCUGUGGGAGGUUUGCUACGGAUCGCUUACCUUCAACACGAUCACCUUCCCGAACGUGACGGAGAUGACGGAAAUGCUGCACGAGAUGGGCUUCCGCGUGACGCUCUGGGUGCAUCCGUUCAUCAACAAAAACUGUGAUCCCUGGUACACGGAGGCACUGAGCAAGGGUUAUCUGGUAAAGUCACACAACGAAACCAUCGGCUACAACACCAAAUGGUGGAACAGUGGCGAAAACGAGGCGUCCUACAUCAACUUCAACAAUCCGGACGCGGUCGAAUGGUUUCGGCGCCGGUUGCGCGAAAUUCAAGAGCUCGGAAUCGACAACUUCAAGUUCGAUGCUGGCGAAACGAGCUGGGCUCCGGCCGAUCCGGACAUUGGAGGACCGACGGCCCUGCUGCCCUCGAGCCAAACCGUCAACUUUGUGCGGAUGUGUGCCGCCUUCGGUGGCAUGAUCGAGGUGCGUACCGGUUGGGGAACGCAAGAUUUGCCCGUGUUUGUCCGGAUGCUCGAUUUCGACACACGCUGGGGCUGGAACAAUGGGCUACAGUCGCUCAUUCCGACACUGCUGCAGAUGAACUUGAACGGGUAUCCGUUCGUGCUGCCGGACAUGAUCGGUGGCAACGUGUACGGGGACGACAUACUGACCAAGGAGCUGUUUAUUCGCUGGCUGGAGGCGAGUGUGUUCAUGCCGAGCAUACAGUUCUCCAAAACGCCCUGGGACAUUGACGAGGAGAGCAUUACGAUAUCGAAGAAGUUUGCGGAAUUGCACGAAACGUACGCGGACUACAUCAUCCAGCGGAUGCGAUUGGCCGUAUCACACGGUACGCCGGUGAAUCCACCGAUCUGGUGGCUUGAUCCGACCGAUAAGAUCGCACAAACGAUUUACGAUGAAUACCUGCUCGGUGAGGACAUUGUGGUUGCGCCCGUGCUGGCAGAGUUCGCCACCUCCCGGGACGUCUAUCUGCCCAAGGGUACGUGGCGCGAUGGCAACACGAACCGGGUGCAUGAAGGUGGCCGGUGGCUCUACAACUACACGGCACCGAUGGACACGCUGCCAUACUUUGUUUCUGCCACGUUCCAAGCAAACUGAACCCACUGACGCUGUGUAACCGAGUUAUGCUAGUUCCUUACCAAGAGUAAACAGGGUAACAAAACAAAACGGGGAGACCGCACCACACAGGUGUUGGGGCGGGGGAUAAAGUAAGGCAAGGUGGCGAUGAGUCGGAACGCAAUCAUAGUGAUUUAUAUUUACUUCAUAUUUUUCCGCCACAUCCCAAAAUAAACUGGUAUAAACUGUAUAACAGUA